AUGCCCCCAAGAAAGAAGACCAAGCGCGCGCACUCGCCCACACCCCAAGACGAUACCGUGGCGGAGUCGAGCGCAAAUACCCCGUCAAUCGACAGCGCCGGCAAGUCAGACACGGACUACGACCUCAUCACAGAUCCCUGGACAGAUGAGCAAGAAACUGCGCUACUCAAAGCGAUCAUAAAAUGGAAGCCAGUCGGCAUACACAAACACUUUCGGAUGCUCGCAAUAUCGGAUUACUUAAAGAGCCAAGGAUACGCACCCUCAACGGCGGAACAUAUGCGGAUUCCAGGGAUCUGGAAGAAGCUAGGUUCAUUAUACAACUUGGAAGCUCUUGACGAGCGGGAAGAUUCAGUGAUCACCGACGUCAACGAAGACGAUGAAGGAACGAGCGAGAUGUAUUGUACGUUUGAGCUCCCGUAUGACGAGUACGGCGAUAUGAUGUUUGAAAGGCGACUUGCGAUGGAAGAGUCGUUGUCUCCCGUCACUAGUCGUGCCAGUCGCGCAGGCGGAUCACGGCGAGGAAGCACAGUCGCAGAUACAGAUGAACCACGGUCUUCUCCUGCCCCGUCUCGAGGUCGCAAAUCCCGUCCCUCCACGCGUGGAACACGCUCAACUCGGCUGCAGGUGGAAAUCGGUCCAGGUAGUCAAGGCAAGGUAUCAGAUGAAGGGGGCGAUUCGGCAGAAGAUACUGGUGCGAAUGAUGAAGAUGAUGAGGAGGGCGAAGAGGGCGAGGAGGGCAAUAGCGACGAAGAUGAGGGCGAGGGCGAAAAAGGUGGUUCGCGUAGCACCCGAGCGCAGACAUCUCGAUCCAAAGCCAAAGAUAGCAGGCCUUCGACUGGUACUGCGACACGCAGGACUGCCCGACGGCGUUAA